AUAAAACAUUUAUAAAAAUAAAUUAAAAAAAUAUUGAGUAUUAUAAAAUGAAAAAAAUAAACCCUUUAUUGUCUUAAAUUAUUUAAAAUAAUCAAAGGAUAUCAGUUGCUCCUCUAUUUAAGUUAGCAAAAUUGCAAGAAUAAGCUUUGUAAAUAGUAUGCAAGAUAUUUAGCUCAUUAGAACCUAUAACUAUCGAGGUUAAUGCAACAUAAGAUGAUGUUUAUAAAGCAACUAAAGAUAUUUUUAAAUCCUCUUUGUAACACUCAUCUAUUGCUUAUACUCCUCAUGAUGAUAAAAUUUUAGGUGUUGUUGUUUCAUCUGAUGUUUUUUAGAUUUAAAAGCUAUCAGAUGAAGAUGUUAAUGAACUUCCAAAUAGCAUGUAAAGCGUAUUUAGCUUACUCAAUAUUUGCUCUGAAAAAUUCUAUCACAAAAAGUAAAUAGAAAAGCAAAAGUUGCUUGAAAAUUAAAUUCUUAGCUAGAUGAUGAUAGCUGUGCUGCCUGAAGCAGCAGGGAUGAAUUUAGGUGUCAAUAUAUUACAACACAAUCUUUAAAUGGCUUAAAUCAAUAAAUUUUAAAUGGCUAAAGUAGAAUGUACUUCUAAAAAAAGUGCUUAACUAGGCUUAAAAUUAGACUAUGAAAUUAUUGAUGAAGUCUACUAUUAAAAUGUUUCAAUUGGAGAUGAAAAUAAUUUUUGUUGGAAAGAUGUGCCUACCAAAUACAAUGAAGAGAAGCUUACAAUUCUUUCUAAAUAAAUUAAAGAUUUUAAUUCUGACAAAUAUAAUUUUAACAAAUAAAAUAUUUUACAAUUUUUGUUUUGAUUGAUUUAUUUAUUUAAUUGUGCUUCAUGUUUUAUUUUUUUAUUUCUUAUGCUGAGAUUAAUUUGUUUCA